AUGACUGAUACCAACUCGUCAUCUCUCGUUUUCAGCUUCAGCUCGGCAUAUGACGAAUACAACUAUACUUACAAUGACUCAGAAUUCAUCGUAGACCCAGACACUCAACCGUGCAGCCCAUUUUCAAUCCCGAAUGCUGUGACAGUUUUUGUAUGUAUUUUUUAUAUUAUGAUCUUUCUUUUGGCCAUUCCUGGGAAUCUGAUUGUGGGUCUUGUGAUCGGCGUCAGCAAGCAGACACUGCCCCCUUCUGACCUCUACCUCCUUCACCUGGCACUUGCCGACCUCCUGCUGGCUGUCACGCUUCCAUUCUGGGCCACCUCGGUUACAAAGGGCUGGGUGUUUGGAGACACCAUGUGCAAAAUAAUCACCAUCAUCCAAGAGCUCAGUUUCUACUCCAGCAUCCUCUUCCUUAUGUGCAUCAGUAUGGACCGCUACAUGGUGAUCGUACGAGCAAUGGAGGCCCGAAGGUCGAACCGGCAACUCAUCAGUUGGGGGAUUUGUGCAGCUGUCUGGGCCAUAGGGGCACUUCUAUCCUUGCCGGGGUUAUUUUAUUCAACCUUCUCGUCCCCCAACUCCAGUCAAACAGUGUGUGCUGAAUUCUAUGAUCCCAGCAGCGCUAACGAAUGGCGCCUGGCCACAAGAAUUCUUCGCCAUUCACUGGGUUUUGUUAUCCCCUUGGCCAUCAUGUUGGCCUGUUACGGCGUGACAAUCCAGCGCCUCCUUCACAUCCGUGGGGGAUUUCAGCGCCAGCGAGCCAUGAGGGUUAUCGUGUUUGUGGUAGUUGCUUUCCUGCUGUGUUGGACUCCAUACCACAUCGCCGUAAUGACGGACACAUUUUUCCGAGCAAAAAUAGUCAUGUACCGGUGCCCUGCCAGAAUCGCAGUGGAUCAGGCCAUGUUCGCUACUCAGAGUCUGGGCCUACUGCAUAGUUGUGUCAACCCAGUGCUCUAUGCUUUUGUGGGGGAGAAGUUCAGAAGAAGGUUGCAGCAAAUAAUGAGGAAUAUGGGGGUUUUAGAGAGAACAUCACUGUCCAGAACAAGCAGGUCUUCUCUGUCGUCUGAGGUCACAUCAACAUUUAUGUAAACACGGCAAAUCUGAUUUUGUAAUCACGAGAUAUGCAUUUUCAACCAUCAAUUAAUUAAUUUUUUAUUGUCAUCUUUUUCAUUUAAUGUUGUUUUUGUAUCUUUUAAAACCUCUGAACUGCUGGACAACAAAGAUUAUGAUAUAUAUUUUACUACAUUAUGUAAUAUGUAUGUAUUAUGUAAUAUCUAUGUAAUAUGGUUCUAGCACAGGGGUGCCCAAAGUGCAGCCCGAGGCUCAUUUGUUUGCUGUGGUAGUUUUUUAUGGGCCUGUGACACAUUUGAAAAAUAGAUUUAACAAUACAUUAUUUUAAAAAUAAAACAUCAUAAAUUGAAAAAUUGCAGUAAUUUUACAAGAAC